AUGCCACCCGAGAAUUUCUCAAAUGUGAUGUGGCAGCCCUAUGAACCAGUGGUUAAUCUCAGCUUGAAGAAGAACUUGAUAGACGGUAUACCGGAUGGGGUUGUGGCAUUGGUUGCGCCUAUUAUAGCAUAUUGGAGUUACGCCAGUAUAUUUCAUAUUAUUGAUGUUUAUGAAUUGGCAGAAAAAUACAGAAUACAUCCUAGUGAAGAAGAAGAGGCCAGAAAUAAAGCGACAUUGAAGGAUGUGAUCAAGGAUGUUGUAAUACAGCAUAUCAUCCAGACGAUAGUGGGCGGAACAUUCUUUUUGUUUGAUCCACCGCAGACUACGGGCCACGAGUUGAUGAUUAUGUGGAACUUGAGACAAAAAUACGUGCCGUUAUUCGUGCCGGAUAAUGUUGUUUGGGUGAGCUACAUGUACGGAUGGACGAUUUUGAGGGUUUGUAUUGCCAUAUGUAUAAUCGAUACAUGGCAGUAUUGGUUGCACCGGAUUAUGCAUAUCAACAAGACGUUGUACAGAAGAUUCCAUUCGAGACACCACAGAUUGUAUGUUCCAUAUGCGUACGGUGCGUUGUACAAUGACCCGGUCGAAGGAUUCCUUUUGGAUACGCUAGGGACUGGGGUUGCAACAAUCCUUACCAAUUUGUCUCAUCGUGAAUCGAUAAUCUUGUUCACCUUUGCCACCUUGAAAACGGUGGACGAUCAUUGUGGAUAUCGUUUACCAUUUGACAUUUUCCAGAUUAUUUUCCCCAAUAAUUCUCUCUACCAUGACAUUCACCAUCAAACAUGGGGUGUGAAAAACAAUUUUUCCCAACCCUUCUUCACUUUUUGGGAUAAAUUGAACAAAACUGAUUACAAGUUUAUCAAUGAAUACAAAUCGAUGCAGGAUCAUAUCACUCUUACGAAAUAUAGAGAAUUUUUGGCUAACAAACAAAGAAAACCUAAUAAAAAACCUGUUAAUACCGAACCAGAAAAGAAAAAAGAUAUUUGA